GGUCAACAACCCCCAAGGUCUUCGUCGAUUCCAUCUUUGCUGUUGUUCGAGGUAAGAUGAAAUGAAAGCCGUAAGUAAGCGGGCCCACCCCCGCGAAAAGCCGCGGGUUCUAAAAGGCAAACCCUGGGGUCGGUUAGUCUACUAAGUACCUAGGUACCUCUUAUGUACAUUGGCCCAAGCUUUUUUUUUACAGCUCCAGCCUCAGUGGGUUAGUAAUUUCCAGGGGUUCAGCCCCGACUCCAACGUCAUCAUGAGAGAUCUGAUAGGGAUCUGAUAGGGAUCUGAUAGGAUCGAUAAGCGUCGGUUGCUGAUACGAUCAUAAUUUUGAACCCCUCCAUCGUCAAACCACUUUCACGCGACCAAGAUCUCCAUAUCCCACAUUUACCGACGCGAUGGAUCAGAUAUCUCUUAACCACGAGGCAUCCGCUGGCGACACCCAUAAACAAUUGGUUACGUCGCUUCCCCCGGAAGUUGUCCAAUGCCUCGAAAAUGCCCGCUUUCUUCACCUGGCGACAUGUACCGACAACCAACCGCACGUGUCGCUAAUGAACUACACGUACAUCCCCUCGUCGCAAUACUCCUCCGCGCCGGUCAUCGUCAUGACAACGAACCCGUCGUCCAAGAAGACCAAUAACCUAGUGGUCAACCCCAACGUCUCCCUAUUAGUUCACGACUGGGUAUCGCAUAGACCGCCGACCCAAGGCCGGCGAAUGUCCGGCGGCUCGCCGGGCCCGGAGAGCCGAUCGAGCCUGGCGUCGCUGCUGCUGAACCUGAACACGAGCGCGAUAUCGAGCAUCAGCGCGACGAUCAACGGGACGGCGGAGCUGGUGGCGCCGGGCUCGGCGGAGGAGGAGUUCUACCGUGGGCAGCACCUCGAGAACAACACGUUCGACUCCGAAGGGGGGAGUGGCGGCGGCGGUGGUGGUUUUGCUGCUGCGUUCAACGGGGGUUUAACGCGGGAGGCGAGGGAAGACGGCGGGAGGGAGUGCUUCGUCGCGGGCGAGGAGGUCCGCGUUAUACUGGUGCAUAUCAAGGAUAUACGGACGAGCGAUUGGAAGGGCAGCGUGAAGGACUGGGUCUUGGUUCCGGAUGAGAACCCGGCGCCGACCGUCAAUGGUGUGGGAGCUGGUCGGUGAGUACUGUUAGGUAGGUAAGUACCUAGGUACCAUCUAUUCCGUAGAGCCGAAUGUUUUUUUUUUAAGCGGGAAUUAU